CUUUACAGACUCAGCAAAGUAAAGCAAGAACUACAUGUAAGUUUGUUUUAAAACCAUCCUGGGACUAAGUGAGCAUACGUGUUCGUUUGACCGGCAGAAGUCAUGAUUAAGAAAAUGUCUCCGUCCGAACAUGAUUUCAAUAUCCCAGCUAAGAACUGCCACCGCAUGGUCGUGCUCGGAUCCACCAAAGUGGGCAAGACGGCGAUCAUCUCUCGUUUCCUGAACGAGCGCUUUGAUGAUCAGUACACGCCAACCAUCGAGGACUUCCACCGAAAGUUCUAUAGCAUCCGCGGAGAUGUCUAUCAGCUGGACAUCCUGGACACGUCUGGAAAUCACCCCUUUCCUGCCAUGAGGAGACUCUCCAUCCUGACAGGUGAUGUCUUCAUCCUGGUGUUCAGUUUAGACAACCGAGCUUCUUUCCAGGAGGUGCAGCGACUCAAGAGGCAGAUCUUCGAGACCAAAUCAUGUCUAAAGACCAAGACGAAAGAGAGCGCUGAUGUGCCAGUGGUCAUCUGUGGCAACAAGUGCGAUCGUGAGUUCACUCGCGAGGUUUCAGACGACGAGAUCGAGCGACUAGUGGCGGGGGAAGAGCGCUGUGCUUACUUCGAGGUAUCGGCCAAGCGCAACACCAACGUGGACGUUAUGUUUCACGCGCUCUUCGCCAUGGCCAAGCUGCCAGACGAGAUGAGCCCCGACCGGCACCGUAAGAUCUCACUGCAGUGUGGCGAUGUGCUGCACAGAAAAUCCCUGCGCAACCGCAAAUUCAAGGACGGCGGUGACGCGUACGGCAUCGUGGCUCCCUUCGCAAGGCGGCCGAGUGUGCACAGCGAUCUCAUGUACAUUAAGGAAAAAGCCUUACACCAAGGCACGAAGGAUCGCUGUGUCAUUAGCUAAACAGACUAAUUGGAUUGUGAAUUUGAACACUCCAGGGCGGCACGGCGGUACAGCUCGGUUCUGUCGUCUCGCACCAUAAAACGGCCAAAGUAGCACGGGUCACUUUGGGUUCUGACGCGCGAUUCUUAAUACGCGAACUUGCAGGGUUCCAUGUUGUAGUGGAGCGAGCAAACAAGGUGGAGAUUCUUCACAGACCUGCUGUAAGCGUUUAAGACUUUACCGAUCGACGAGUUCGCUGUGACACUUGAGCACUUGUUUACAGUUUACUAGAAUAUUUUGUUUGUUUGUUUGUUGUUUUUAAAGAACGCAUUGAACACGAAUGUCUGCGGCAUUGUGAACAAACUACAUGAAUGUAUAUUUAUUCUUCUAUGUCAGCGUUUACUUUUGUUAUAAAAGGGAAAAUAAAAGAUGAAUCAAAUUUUUAAACAAAA